UGUCCACACUCAAACUGAGAAUCUCCAGCAAGCAGCUAUAUACGUUUUCAAACAAUUUUUGUUUGUGCACAAGAGACCGACGGAGCACCAUCCACACUACCUGAAUCGUCGUUGGUAAAUAAUACGUAACGUUUGUUGGUAUUUGUGGCAUAUACUUCACAUCCAACGCAUGUAUUGUGUUUUUGUCUAUGGAAGAGUAUAAUAACUUGUCAAAUGUAUUUUUUGCUUCCAAACUGAUCCCAACAGAACUAUACAGUUAUAGUUUGCAUUCCACUAGAUGCCCAUAUUGCCAUAACUUCAGGUCAGCAACAUAAGUGUCUGAGGACGAUGGUGAAACGAUAUCACAAGUCAACAUCAAUACUGUUGGGAGUUGUCCAAGUUGACGAGUGUCUGAAGACACCUUAAGGAGCGCAAUUGUUGGAUCGACAUGCUUGUGGUCCGAGGCCCCGGGAGACUGUCCAGGGUCAGCACUGGUGUGACCGGUCACCCACGGCUCAGAUGGAGCCUGGGGGAAGCGGAGAGCAGCACGCAGGCUUGCCAUGUAGACGCACUGAGGAGGAGUGGAAGAUUGGAGUGUGGAGCCGUGGGUUUUCACUGACUCGAGUGGAUUUUGAGCAGCUGUCGUCAGUCUUCCUGAGCAAACGCACGCUCAGCUCCAUUUAGGGCAGAAUGGGGCUCUUUGGUUUCUGCCUCUAUUCUUCUGAGCUGUUUAUCCAGCGCUGCUUGAUCAGGUGGUGCUGAUGACAUCUUACCAAAACACAUCCAAAUGUUUAAUAUGCCACAGAUUUUUCCUCCAACAACUCUGCUUCCAAACUGAACGUUAUGUAUAUAAUUAAAACCACUAGGAUGUCUAAACACAUCUAAACACAGAAAAACGCAUACCAGACUUUUGGGAUGGUGGCUUUUCAUUGUGUGCAUGAAAUGUAUAUGUAACGUAUAUGAUAUUAGUCCAAAAAUGCUAUGUUGUUGUGGAUGUCAGUGGACGUCUCUCUCUCAUUGUGGGAACGUGGGGGUAAUGUCAGUGGAAGGCAGGAAAGACAGAGGUUCACCCUUAUGGUGGAAUACAUAACAAAGAAAUUGGUUUUAGAUCGACCUAUCUUCCUCUCUCUCUCUCUCUCUCUCUCUCUAUUUCUCCCUUUCCCUCUCCCUCUGUAAAAUCUAUUGGUUGAUUUCCAACAUUUGCAUAGUUUCUUCUUCUGUAAUCUUAGCCUGUGGGGUUUAAGAGGAAAGGUUGCAUAGGGUAUAAUGCACAUUUGAUGUUAUUGUAAUGACUUCUAUAAAUGAGUACAGUACCUCUCCUUUCUCAUCGAUGUUGCUGACUAAUAAAUUAAAGCUCUAUAUUUUAUAAAUACAGGCAGUUUCUUUUGUGGACCAGUGAUUGGCAUCUGUGUUCAUGUACAAGAGGAGAGCAUGGGAAUGGUGUCACUCUGUAUCUCUUUCUCUGUCUGUGUCUGUCUGUCUAUCUCUCUCUCUCUUUCUCUCUAAAAGGACACACAAGAGUAGAUUAGGAUAUCUUGCCAUCUUCAGAUUGAGGUCAAUGAGAUCUGUCAGGUGAGCAUGCAAAGCUCUUUAAGUACUUUAUAUCUCACCCCUCAGUUUGCAGUCGUGUAUAGGAUAUCAGUGCGUCCAGUUUUGUUACUACACGAAGGGCUGUGGUGGACACUGUCCGGCUGUGUUUUAAUCUAGGUUUCAUACAUGAGACGGACAAAGGCAAAUGCCUUCCAAGCGUCCUCCAUCAUCGAAAAGAAACAAGCAAAAACAUUGUGCUCAUUAUUCAGGCCUCAUGGUCAUUCGAGCACUUAUGUGUCCGUACAGUAUAUUAGUGUAGGACCCUUUACAUCCCUCUUACCAUCAGAGACAAACACAGCUCAGUGUUCUUCUUUCCACUCCUCUUUUAAAGACAGCUGAGAACAGUGAGGUCAGAUAAGCACUUGAGCCGAUGUGCAUCUUCAGCUGAGCACAGCAAAGUCCCCUAAAACCGAAGGUGAGGUCGUAUGCUCGCACACCAGCGUACCCCUGCCUCGCACUCCCUCCUCCUUGAGCACCAGAACCCUCCUGUCCUUGUGGCUCAUUGGCCGAACCUGAUCAGGUGGACAGAGGAUGCCCCAAAUCCUCCCUAAGACAGGAAAACACUCAGCAAUUUGCCAGUGUUGGUUAGGAGCAGUUGACUUGGCCAGCGGCGUAGUUGACGGCACCAGGCGGCCUCAAGGCAAUCUGCUGGGACCUUCCAUUUUUUUUUCCCGCCAUUUGGUUGUGAGUAUCAGGGCCGAAGCCGGUGAGUGAGAAUGGGGGCAGGAGCGAGUAGUGAGGAGAAGCACUCCAGGGAGCUGGAGAAGAAGUUAAAGGAGGAUGCCGACAAGGACGCCAGGACAGUCAAGCUGCUGCUGCUGGGUGCUGGAGAAUCAGGAAAAAGCACAAUUGUCAAACAGAUGAAAAUUAUCCAUCAAGAUGGUUACUCACUUGAAGAGAGUAUGGAGUUCGUCACCAUCAUCUACAGCAACACCUUGCAGUCCGCCAUGGCUAUUGUCAAGGCCAUGACGACCCUCAACAUUGGCUAUGGCGAUCCCGCUCAGCAGGACGACGCCCGGAAGCUCAUGCACUUGGCCGACACCAUAGAGGAGGGUUCCAUGCCCAAGGAGCUGGCAGAUAUCAUCAUCCGUCUCUGGAAGGAUUCUGGGAUCCAAGCGUGCUACGACAGAGCUUCCGAGUACCAGCUCAACGACUCCGCUGGAUACUACCUGAAGGACCUGGAGAGGCUAAUCCAGCCAGGGUACAUCCCCACCGAGCAGGACAUGCUGCGAUCAAGAGUGAAGACCACCGGUAUCAUCGAGACUCAGUUUGGAUUGAAAGAUCUGAACUUCAGGAUGUUUGACGUCGGAGGCCAGAGGUCUGAGAGGAAGAAAUGGAUCCACUGCUUCGAGGGGGUGACCUGCAUCAUCUUCAUCGCUGCUCUGAGCGCCUACGACAUGGUGCUGGUGGAGGACGAUGAAGUGAAUCGAAUGCACGAGAGUCUCCACUUGUUCAACAGUAUCUGCAACCACCGCUACUUUCGCACCACCUCUAUUGUACUCUUCCUCAACAAGAAAGAUGUCUUCACUGAGAAGAUCAAGAAGGCUCACCUCAGCAUGUGCUUCCCAGACUAUGAUGGGCCCAACACCUACGAGGAUGCCGGUAACUACAUCAAACUCCAGUUCCUGGACCUCAACUUGGCACGCGACGUCAAGGAGGUCUACUCGCACAUGACUUGUGCCACAGACACAGAGAACGUCAAGUUUGUGUUUGAUGCCGUAACUGACAUCAUCAUUAAAGAAAAUCUCAAGGACUGUGGUCUCUUCUAAGAGCCACGCUGAGCAUGGCCCUGGGGCAGGCUGUUGGUCUAAUCUUGACCCAUCACUCCUAAGCUUCCUAUAUUCAAAGUGUGGACACUCGCUCCUCAACCCAACAGGACAUCCAAUGAGAGCCAGGACAAGAAAUGGUCUCUGCAAACACUCAGACACACACACCCAAAUGUACGCACGCAUACAUCUAUGAAUUUGAUAGUUCAAAAAUACACAUCAGUUUUUGUCCAAAGACUCCCACAGUAGUUUAAGACCAGUUGAAGUAACAAACCUAACCUAGGUGUGACCUGAGAGUUAACGGAUACGCCCUGUACUGACGUCCAUUACAAGUUGAUCUUAGUAAAGCUGUUACAUCACAAUCUUCUGGUAUAGGAAUUCAUUUUCGCCGCAGUGCUAAGCAAACUGUAGUGGAGCCGUAGACACUUCUGAUGGCAAACAGCGACUUGUCUUCUCAGGCCCAUCAGUAAGUGGAAGUGCGUUGUAAGGCAAACAUAUCUCAGCUCUAGUAAAGGCCCACAAAGCCAAACUGCGAACAAAAAAAGAUGGCCUCUCCCCACCUGCAUAUGCACUUCAACUUCUGUUACGACGCAAAGAGUCGUUCGUCAGCUAAACGGCGUUGGAUACGUAGAUGUCGCACACAUCUUAGACAAAACAAUUAUUUGUUCAACUAGGAAUUCGAACGAGGAAUAAGCUACAAGCAGGAGAAGACCUUUAUCAUGUCUCGUUGGGCCAGUUCUACUUACACGGUAGUUAGUGAAAUAUCACAGUGAGGAACCCUCCAGUGUUGUUCUGCUCCAUUGUUCAGUGACUGUGCUAAAGCAACAUUUUGAAAUAUGUGUUGCAAGGAAUUACAAACAUGUAGGCCUUUGAGCCCUGGAGUCUGUACAUAAAUGAAAAUUAUGAAAGAAGUCUGAAAUGAUCUUAUUAAAGCUUCCGUAGAAAAUAAA